GUAGGUACACCUACGUAGGUAGGUAGAGACGGAGUUACUCAUUGGUGUAAGUGCGUUGGCACUUCUGAAGGAAACUUGAAUAACCUUGCGACCUUACCCUUAUCAAGGCGACAAUGCUUAUCCCUACUGCACCGCAUCUGCAGUCCCAACUCUCACGACGUCCGUAAUCAACUCACCGAAACGGUACAACAUCGCUUAGCCAUCGUUAGGCCGUCGAUACCGAGCUUCCGGUCCUAACCUGCUUCGCUUCCUUCACCUGACGGUUCCCUUCCAUCGCCAUUACAUUCCUAUAAACUCUACGAGGACUUGAAUUCUGUGGUUUCUCUACCGUGUCCACAAAGAUACACAGGCAGCCAUGGCGCAUGACUUUACCUCGCUUGGUGAAGCCAUCCUUCGGAAUUUGUGGAAUAUCGUGCGCUGGAUUGCCUUUUUCUUCAAGCUCGUCAGUCUGGCAUUCGUCGUUCCCAUCAUUGGAUUGAUCAUCUUUGAUUUCUGCCUGUGGCUUUGGAGAUUAUAUCGCCCUUCGCGACCUGCCGACUCGCCUCACCCAUCUCCCCGCCUACCUAAAGACUACGUACAACAACAACCACCACCCACUCCAAUUAAGGCUCGCAGUAGUGCCAUCAGUCAUGAGACCGAGCCGAAGACUCCCGAGAAAAGAGUUGCUCAUGGGCCACUAACGAAUGAUUGAAGAAUGCGCUGCGAUAUUGUAUUUAUAUGGGGAAUGCCAUAGCCAUUGCUAC